AGUUCAAGUGGGUAGAAGUGACUGUAUUAAGCCAGUGAGGAGAUGAAUCAGUUAUGAGUUUGGACAACACGUCCUGUGACUUGCCACCGCUGAUAUUGGCCGCUUAUUGAUUUUUCAGGUGGAAGGAUCAUUCGAGAGUGAAGAAUGCAGUGUCAUAACAUUUGAUGGAUUUUCCCCUACAACUUAUUGGAAAUUCUCUGAUCAGAAGGAACAAAGAAAGUACACACUACAUCAAGAGGUAAUCCGCUUGAAAGUGCCAUCCUUCUAGGUCAAAAAGGCCAUAGAAGUCUGUGAUCACUGCGUGCUCUCUCUUCUGUUACCGGUAGAUGACAGGGUCCGCCUUCCUGGCUAUGACAACCAUCUGAGCUCUCUGUAAUAGGGAGUGGAUUAUUGGCAGAGGUUGCACUCUCUUCAGAGCACAUUGUUCUCUGGUUUUGGCCCUGAAGCUCUCUGUGCAACUACAAAGCAAUUGUUUCACUGUGUCAAAAGUUUUACUGUGAAUUAAUUCCAUCUCACCACGCAGACUACAUGGAAAGUCUUUAUCCAGGAUAUUAUACUCCCUUUCUCCUGAUUCCUCAAUCAUUAGGAAAGUAUUUGGAGCAGUCCAGUGAUUAUUUCCAGAGAGCUGGCGGUUAAAUUUCCAAUUUCCUGUUGGACGUAAAAUUAACACAUCUUGCAUGGACUUCAGUUUGAAAUCUGAACCAGCAAAAGUCUGAAAUUGUUCAUCAAGUGGUGCUAUUGUUAGACAUCAUUGAUUUCUCUGUUUGAAAACUGCCACAUUUUCAUCUUCAUCGGUUUUUAAAUUCAUCAAAUUUUUGAAGUGCCAUGGGUCAAGGACGAGGCAAGGGCAAGCAUGGCGUGGGGACAGACCACAUGCCAGCCCCUCCUGAUGGGGGGUGGGGAUGGUUUGUGGUUCUGGGAUCGUUUCUUCUACACGUUAUCGCCGAUGGAAUCGUUUACUCCUUUGGGGUCUUUUACAUGGAAUUCUUGACAUACUUCAAGGGAGGUAAAGGAGAGACAGCUUGGGUUGGCUCCCUUGUUCCAGGAGUCACAUUGCUAGUUGGACCAGUAGCCAGUGCUUUGACCAACAGAUAUGGCUGCCGUGCAGUCACCAUUGCUGGAGCCAUUGUUGCCGCCAUUGGUUUCAUCCUUAGUCUUUUUGCACCCAACAUAUACUAUCUCUUCUUCAGUUUUGGUGUUUUAUCAGGUUUAGGAUUUGGACUGAUGUAUCUUCCGGCCAUUGUCAGUGUAUCCCAUUAUUUUGACAAGAAAAGGUCCUUUGCAACAGGAAUUGCAGUGUGUGGAUCAGGCAUAGGGACAUUUAUCUUUGCUCCAGUUUCAAAACUCCUUGUUGAUGAAUAUACGUGGAAGGGUGCUGUCUUGAUAGAAGCAGGAAUUAUUUUGAAUUGCAUUUUAUGUGGGGCCUUAUUCAGACCUUUGGUUGUAAAACAUGAAAGAGCAGAUACAGAAUAUGAUGCUAAAAAGUCUGAAAAGUCGGAGAAAGAAAAACUAAUGAAAUCCGCAGAAUCUAAUGGUGUUCACCAGCAAGAUCUUCCUGACAUUCAGAAAACAGGAACCAAAGACACUUUGGCCAUUCCAAAUAAACACAUACAGAGUUUAAAAGUUGAAAAUGGAACUGACAUUCUGUUCAGAAGUGAAGGGGCCAUCAACAAUAUCGCCUCUAAUUCAUUGUCACAGUCACCAUCCAAGCAGUCCUUCCAUCGCCAAACAUCCACUCGCUCACACCAAGCGCCAGUAGCUGGUCCCAUGUAUAGAAAGGACAUCUUCUACAGCGGAAGUCUCAUCAAUAUUCCCCAAUAUCGAUCUAACCCAAACCUUUACGUGGCCAGCAUAACUUCCCUCCCCGACGUUGUGCCGGACGACCAGGACUGGUGCCUGUUUCGUUUCCUUGGCCUCUCCUCUGAAAUGAGAGAUGCCAUCAGACAGAUGAUGGACUUCUCGCUCUUAAAAGACGUCAUUUUUCUUCUUUUCACCAUUUCGAACAUUUGUACAAGCAUUGGGUUCAACAUGCCAUAUAUCUACCUCCCAGAUCGGGCUCACGAGUAUGGAAUAAACAAGACAGAUGCCACAUUCCUGAUAUCUGUCAUUGGGAUAGCCAACACGAUUGGUCGGGUGGUGUUCGGUUGGAUGGCGGACAAACCGUGGGUGAACCGCCUGAUGCUCUACAACACCGCCUUGUUCAUCUGUGGUGUGGCUACUGCUCUCUCUCCUCUCAGCAACAGCUAUCCUUUCCUGGUUUGCUAUGCUGCAGUGUUUGGUGCAUUUAUAGGAGUGUAUGUGGGACUGACCUCAGUUGUCCUUGUGGACCUCCUUGGGCUUGCCAAACUGACCAAUGCCUUUGGACUGCUGUUGAUGUUCCAAGGUCUAGCCACAUUCAUUGGACCUCCAAUUGCUGGUUGGUUGUAUGAUGGCACAGGAAGCUAUGAUAUUUCUUUCUACGUUGCGGGUACCAUGGUAGCCAUUAGUGGAGCCAUGCUCUACUUUCUGCCAUUGGUUCAGAAAUGUCUUGGUAGGAGACCUCCGAAAGAUGAAAUAGAGUUAUCCAUCCCAGACCAAGAGACGCAAGACAUGGCAUGAUGAAGUGGUUUCCUGGUCAUCAUUUUUCUUAAUGGUGAAAUGAGAGCUGAAAUCAACUGCCUAAUGAAAGACAUACAGCUUCGAGAAAAGGUCUUCUAAAGGUGUGGAAUAUUGCAGGACUGAGUUUUAUAUUGGAUAAAUGUCAUCCAGAAUUUUAUGAUGAUAGUCUGACAAGCAAGAGGAUGAUUAUUUAUUAUGCUAUUUGACAAAGCAAAUUUAUUUUAGAGCUUUUUAAAUAUCUACUAUUCCUUAGACGAAAUGAAAUGGUUGACUCAGUUGAAGACCAUCAGAGGUCAUUCCAGAAAUGAUUCACUUCUCCUUUGUUUUUGACUUUGAAUUUCAUACAUAUUACAAAUGUACUUAUGUUUGCUAUUAUUAUAUCAUUGGGUAUCACCUUUACACGUAAACUAGCAUUAUUUAGAUAAUAUAUACCUAUAGAAUAAUACAUACAUUCUUUUUUGGUAUAGAGAUACUUAAAUAUUCUUUAGCUUGAAUAAUGAUUUUUUAAUCUUAAAGUUAUAUGGUAUUUAUUACAGUCAUGUAUAAUUAUCACUGAUUUGCCUCAAUAUAUGGUGAUUAAUCACAUGUAAUAAUUUUUUAUAUUACACUGCAAUGUUCGAUAAUAUGUCACAAAAAAUGCAUACAAUACAUUUGAAGCAACUUAGGCUCAUAAAAUAAAAAUACAUGUAUAUUUAAAAAAGAAAAGGCUAAAAAAAAUUGAUAAAAAAUUUUCCCUGUGUUUUUGGAAAAAAAAAAUGAUUUCAAUUCAACUGUGUAAUUUUCUUUGCCCUUGAUAAUAUAAGGGUUAGGGAUAGAAAACACAGUCAAGUAAUAGUAAAAUUGAAAAUCUUAUACCAUAAAAUAUCAUGGGAGAGCUUCUAUAUGUCAGCUAAUUCAGAAUGUGAAUGGAAAGGGUACAUUAAUAGUUGAUAUCUUUGUAAAUGUUUAUAAUCGUAAUAGCUGGUUUUCAUUUUAGUUUCACUCAAACAUUUUUAAUCCUUGCAAUUAGAAAUUGUUUACAUGUACAUGUAGCUAUGUAUUGUUAGUGGUUUUAGUACCUAAUUAUGUAUUUCACUGCUGUGUAUUUACUGUAUUUGAUCAUCAUAGUGUGCCUUGCAUUCUCAGUUUAUCAGACAAAGGGAGAUCAUACAUAAUUUUUCUAUUGAUGUUGAUAUAUUGACAUUUUUUGAAUAGGAGUUUUAUAUUACUUAAGGAUAUUAUUAGAUUUUUCUUCAUCACAACAAUCAAAUAUAUUUUAUUCAACCUUUUGCCAAUGAUGAAUAUUAUUUCUUUUUUAACUGAUUUUUUUAACCCAUUCAACUUUUCUUAACUAAAACAAAAUCCUUGAACAUUUCAGGGUUGAUCUUAUUCUGCCUAUUUUGAAUUUAAAACAGAUUCUAGAUAAGUGGGCAUUUGUGGUUAUUUUUAUCACACCAGAUCAUCUUAAACCACAAUAUUUGAUUGUGCAAUAACUGUUUAUGAAAAUGAUAAAAAAAAUAUUGUAAGCUAGUCAAUGAUUUUUAAUUUCAAGAAGUUGAGAUGUAGUAAAUGUUAUUUGUGGUUGAAUAAUUGUACAAGUCUUCAAAGCAAUAUUUAAUUUAAUAAUUUGCAAUAUUAAUUGUUUUCUUGUUGGAAUGUUGUAUGCUAUGUUCGAACAUUUUAAAUUUCUGCUGUUGUCUUUAUGCACGUCUUACAAUGUAUUAUUAUAUGUUCUGAUUUAUUCUUAAUUAUAAAGUACAUUAAUUUUAGGUAUUAGAACUGAAAGACUUAAACAUGUUUGAUCUUUUUAAAGAAUUUAAUUUAUUUGAGUCCCUCUUAUGUUGAUUUUUUUUUUAAUAAAUUUUUAGAUCUCUACACAUGUACGGGAUACAAAUAACCACACAAAACAUUGAUGUUUUUAAAUAGUAAUUAAAAAAUAUUUUUAGGUAUGUACAUGUACAAUAGGUAUGCUUGUACAAAUAGUUGGCUUUUUAAAAAAAAAAUCAAAUUGAAAUACUCUGUACCUGUACUAAAAAACAGCUGGCUAGUUUGAUACACUAUCAUGUAUGCUAUCACAAGUUGAGUUCAUCUGAAUUGAAGGAGAGUUAUUACUGAUUAUUGAUGUUAUUAUAUAACAUUUAUAUUUUAAUCUCAAUAAGUGCACUAAUUGAAUGUGAAAAUAUGACUGUUUAUUAUUGAUUAAUUAUGUUAUAAAAUUUAUAUUAUACUUCC